AUGAGAGGGUACCAGCAGGAGAAGAGGAAAGGCCCAUUGGCAUGUAUUUUAAGGGGAGGUACCCACUCCAGUUUCUUGCCUGGAGAUUUCCAUGGGGUCACUGAGUCGGCUGCGACUGAGCAACUUAACACUUUCACUUUCACCAAAGAAAAAGCCUUUCCCAAGAGAGAAAAGAGGAGGAGGGAAAAAAUGGCUGAAGAAGGUGGUGCCCCCAAAACCCACAAAGGAAGCAUGGCCACAGGUGAUAGCAUUUUUCUAAGCAGCAGUUCCUUACUUGUGAAAUGUGACGAAGUGUUCUACUUUGCAAAUCAUUCUGAGAGUAACGUGAGAUUGUGUAAACAAAAGCCCUCUGUAAACUGUAGACAUGUUACAUAA